GAGAAUGGUGUGACUGUGUAUGUAACAAAAUGUCUAGACGAGCGUAAGACAUGUGAGAUUCACGCAUUUUUGUUUUGCUCGCUCUGUACGCGUCUGCGCUUGAAUCGCCCGGCAAACGUGUGAUAAUUGUACUGAAUGGAAGAACUAAAGAGUACUCUGCAUUUUCAAGUCCUGUGUAAAUAUGAAGUCAGGCAGGAUUUAGUCCAUGAUUUUGUUUCAUAUACAAACGAUGGCAAUUGUAUAUCGUUGCUGGGCUCCAAGGCGGAGCUAGUUACUCUCGAAUUAAGCUGCAAGCUGAGCCAUCAGCUGCCCUUUCCAUAUGUCGUGACCAGCUGGAAGUGUGAAAACAAAAUACGACCACUAGACCUACUGGCGGAACAAGUGAAUCUCCAGUAUAUCUACGAAAGCGGCAAUGUGCUGGAGCAGCAACACAUCAGUCUGGAUUCCGUGUACACAGCAAUCUAUUCACAGGAUGUGCCUGUGCCCAAUCUCAUUGCCGCCAAGCUGGCCGACCACCUGUUGCCCGAUGGGCAAAUGCUAAUGGCCACCUUGAACAGCUAUGGCGCACUACAUUUGUUGACUAAGCGGCCAGAGCAACCUGCCUGGGAGCACUACAAGAAUGGUCUCGAUGUGGUCGCCACACUCCGGGACAAACUGCAGCGCCCGUAUGAAGUGCCAGCUGCAAAGAUCAAGACAUUUCGACACUAUCAGGCCUACAUGGAUCGCAGUUGGAUAACCAUGCUCGCUUGGCGAUCAGUAGAAGGCGGGGAAUAUGUGCUCGUCCUGGGCACAGCUGCCGGCAGUAUUUGGACAUUGACUUUAUGCAACAAUGCAUCCACGAUCUUAGCCCAUAGUGAACUGCAGACACUUCUCGGGCGCAUUUGCUUUAUGCAGAGCUACGAGGAUCUGCUGCUUGUGAGCGACAAUAAUGGUCUAGUGCAUCUCUACAGAUUCAGUGCCACAGAGGGAGAGGGUCUCUGCUUGGUCAAGACUCUUUGGCUGCGCCCGGAUCACCUGGGCCUGCAACAGGCUGUGAUUACGCACUGUCCGACAAGAGAUUGCUAUUAUAUAGCCUGCUGCAAGGCAGCGCAUUUGCUCAUCUGGUGCAUGCCUAGACAGGCAAGUGGCAAGUGGUUGGAGACCCGACUGCAUGUAGGUGGCAUGAAGAUCACAGGUUUCUGCGCCGUCGCGAACAACAAUUACGCUUUGGUCACCGCCCGCGGACAGCUCUGCCUGGUCGAGCUCAGCCACAAGCCCGGCCAGCUGAGCACCAGCAUGCGCUCGGUCAACGUCGACGAUACGAAGAACGAACUGCCAAUAGGCCUAUGGUGCAGUCCCAACAAGAACUUCAUUACCAUUCUCUCCACCCGCAACAAAGAGUAUCUGUUCAACAAGGCAAUACGCCGUAAUCUGGUUUACGCACACGUCUGCAAAAUAGAAGAAAGCAAUGCAUUGGCACAGCUAGAUCGCUGCCUCACGCCUAGUGUGUCCAUGAACAACUGGAAGGAUCUGCUGGUGGAAGUGCGUUUGGAUAUCUUUCAAAGGACCAAGCUGGAUGAGUAUCUCAGCUAUGCGCCAAUCGAUGCCUUUGCAUUUGAGAAUGUGGCCACAGAGGCACGGCUGCAGCAGCUGCAGCUCAAGUACCACGUCUUGGACGCCAUAAUUACAGUACAGCGUGAUCAACGCAAUCCAUCUCUGCUUGAGCAAACCGAACAGGAAUUUCACCUUCUGUUGAACAUGAUUGAGCUCACGCAUAUGCGACUGCGUCUCCAAUACUUAAGCGAGCAGAAGAAGCUGACCAAAUUCCAGCGGCAGUCGGCGCAAUGUCAACUGGCAGCCAGUGAACGAAUUCGACAGCAGCUAAAGCAGCAGCUACUGGGUGAGAAGGCAACACAUGUGGCAACCAAGAGUGCGCUUCUUGUUGAAAUGGAGGAGCAAUUUGAGCAGCUGCAGGUGAAGCUGAAUAUGAAAGAGAUACGGAUAACUCUGGAGGAUCCAAACCUUCUAUGCGCGAUCUCCUAUAUGCAGUUGAGUCCUUCGCUGGAACGUCACUACUGCACGCUCUGUGGACGUCAGGUUUUGCUGGAAAAGCAGCUGCUUCUUGAGCUGUACCCACCCGGCAGCACGCUACUGUGUCCCUACUGUCAUGGUAGCUACGCCUUGGAGUUAUUGGAUGCAUAAACUUGAACAGUGCCUUCUAAAUUUCAACACCAAAUCAAUGCCGCAAGCUUCAACUAGAGUUUGCUGUUUGUAAUUCAGCUAGUUGAAACAUGGCUGCUUUGAUAUGGGCUUGAAACUUAAAAUGUGCCUGUUAAAUUUUUAUUCGAACUUAGAUUAUAAGUGCUCGUUAGCGUAAUUAGGCAACGUAACUUAAUACAGUGAAACAUAGAUAAUGGGACUGGUCUCCAGCAGCAGCAUGUCCUGCUCGAGCUGGCGCAAGUCGCACUCCAGCUUGCCCUUGCGCUGGCGCUUGUUCUCGCUGUCGAUCAGCAAGGGCAUCGACUGAUAAGUCUUGGUCAUCUCAUUCAGAUGGGCACGCAGACCGUCAAGUAUUUCAUUGCGCUCCUCCUGAUCCAUGAUGCGCAUGCCGGGCAUCUCAGGUGGGCCACCAUCGGUGCGCACUGGCUGAGUCAGGGCGGCCAUUGAAUCCGAUGGCUUGACACCGCCACACAACUCCAUGAGACGAGCUCGCUCCUUGCAGCAGACAAGGUGUGCAUCCUUGAGCAUCUCCUUGGUCUUCUGUAUGUAAACAGGCACCUUGCCAAAGUCCUUGCGGCAAACAUACUGCGGCACCAUGCCUGAAUUCAAUAAAUUCUGGCGAGUGCCAGUGGGCGUGUCCACAUAGCGUGGCGGUGGCGGACAGCGCACGGUGUUAGCGGCACAAGUCAUAUUACGCUUCACAAAAUUGGGCACCAUGUCCGGCUUCUUAAUCUUCUUGCCCAUCGGGGGCAGGGGUGGCAUGUUGCCGCCCUUGGGGCAGACAUGCAGAUUCUCGCGACGCCACUUGAUGCCCUGAUUCUUGCGCAAGAAGGCGCACGGCGGAUCGAGCGGCACAUUGGCACAGCCCAUGGUGCGAUGAUGUGCCUUCUUGGCAUCGGUGAGCAGACGGACGCCUCCCUUGAGCAUGAUAACGGCAUGUUUCUUGUGCUCCAUAUUCAGACGAUCGCGUCGCUCCUUGGCCACAAUAGCUGCCUUAGCGGAUGUUUCUAGAGAGGAGUGGGGCAGGAGGCGUAAAUUACAUAUCCCAUCAAUACAACUCACCUUGCUCUCUACCUACCAUGGACUACUGGCUCCCCUUCCGGCGGCUUCUCGGGAGCGCGCUCCAUGUCCAUAAUAUUCUCAUUGUGAUGUGUUAUAUAGACCAGCGACAUGACUUUAGUCUAAGAAAUUUCCUGCUUUUUGCGCAUAAAAAAAUAUAUAUAUAUAUAUAUUAAGAUAUAUAUUAUAUCUGUCGAAAUCUGUACUGUACUGAAAAUAUUUUUGUAAUGCUAGCUAGUAAUUAAAUAAGUUAUAUAUGUAACUAAGUUCAUUGUUGCCUAGUUUCGAAAAACUUCCAAAUGGUUGCUACACAAAUUCGACUGUUGCUCUAGCAACAUUUCAAAUACAACUUGCAGAGUUUUUGAGUUUAUUUACACCCCAUUGUGGACCUCGGAAGAGGAUACAUUCAUUGCAAAUAAAACAUGUUGAAUAUAA